CGCCCCACACACACGCCCACGGUCACCCAGUCAAACACUCUGAAUCAUUCAGCAGAGAUAAAGGAAGCCUGAGAAGGAGAGGAGCGGCAGAGUUCUCACUUCCUCCCGUCCUCUGUGCCGAGGAGACUUCACUGCGCUCACAUAUUUCCUGGAUGCUGCUUGAAAGAAUUUGACAUUUGCCUAACCCGGGACCGACGACAAAUCCCAUGCAGUCUCAGCAAGCUGCUGACAACCCAAAUGACUCCCGGAUUGUGUUCUCCAUGGAGCCACCGGUUCAGCAGGUCCUGUCAACCGCAGAGAUGACCCAGGAGGUGGUCAUCUCCCCAGGACUGCCCACCCCGCCUCUAAGCCCCUUCCGCUCAGCGAGGAUGAAAUCUGGAGACUUUCAGGGGACAGAGGUCAAUGGUGGCCCUCAAGCAAGGCUCAGCUUUGGCUCCUAUUACGGCCCCUCGCAAUCACACGGGGGAAUGAGCAACGGUGUUCAGAACUCCACCACGUUACCUCGUGGUUGGACCCCCACCAGGGAAGAGAGGCUCAUCAAAUACUCCGGCAUCGGCCCAGUUGAUGAGACAGGAAUGCCCAUCGCGUCUAGAUCAAGUGUAAACAAGCCCAGAGACUGGUACAAGAGCAUGUUCCGACAGAUCCACAAGAGGCCCGAAGACCCUGAGCUGGAAGAUUCUGACAGCUGGUCCUCGGAACGGGUCUCGUCCAACACGGAGGAACGCGGCGAGGCAGACAAGAAUCUCUUCAGACUGACGCCCCACGGAGCUCUACCAGACUGGAGCGAAGAUGUAGAUAAGCUGGCGUGCGAGGGAAAGCGGCACCAGCAGCCCAGGAGCAUAUUCGACUUUGAGCCUGGAAAGAGCAGCGUGUCGGAGGUCCACAGCCAGAGUCAUUUGUCAGUCAAGGAACCUGCAAAAGUCAAGUCUCCUUCCAUCGAGGCCAGUCUGGCCUCUGAGCUGAGCCAGUUUGAAGCCGAGUUGGACUCAGACAUCCAGGGGCUGGAGAGGAGACUUUCUCAAAAGAGGCAGCAACAAGGCUGGGGUGAGGAGAGCAGAGGCAGUGGACCUGUUAGGGGGGAUUCAAACUACAGGAUUACACAAGGAGCAAGGGCGCCGUCACAUCAACACACUGGGAGACUGUCUUCGCCUUCUGCGACGUAUGUAGCGCGCCUCUCUCCUACCAAUGACCCCAUGGAGCGAUCGCCUAAGAAAGAGGAGAAGAAAAUGAAAGCAGCACGAGCCAAGUUCAACUUCCAGGCUCAGUCCCCAAAGGAGCUGCCACUGCAGAAGGGCGACAUCGUGUACAUCCACCGGCAGGUGGACAGCAACUGGUUUGAAGGAGAACAUCACGGACGAGCCGGGAUUUUCCCCACCACCUAUGUGGAGGUCCUCCCUCCUUCAGAGAAACCCACUCCGAUUAAGUCCCCCACUUUGCAGGUGAUAGAAUUCGGUGAAGCCGUGGCUCUUUAUAACUUCAAUGCCGACCUUCCAGUUGAACUUUCCUUUCGAAAAGGUGAGGUGAUCUGUAUUACCAGGCAAGUGGAUGACAAGUGGUUGGAGGGAAGGAUCUCAGGGACCAGCCGGAGUGGCAUCUUCCCCGCCAGCUACGUCCAGGUCAACAAGAUGCCACGCACUAAAUACUCCUUGGACAGCUACUCCACGGGGCCGCUGUCCCCUGCCUCACCCGCCCCCCAGAGUCCAGGACGUCCUCUCCACUCUCCGUGCCCGCUGUCGCCAGCGUCUCCUUACAGUCCAAACUCACUAAGUCCUCGAUCUGAAAACUCCCCGCUGAAGCCGUCCUCACCGAUGCACUCACGCUCACCCACCAACACAACCAAAGAAACAGCCUACCGGUGGCCGCAGGGCCACUCCAGCACUACUCCCCCCACCAGCCAGAACAACCACUGGAGGGGCUCCACCAAGCCUGUCUCACCUGCUGCACAGUCACCAGCUUCUGCCCUCCCGAGUCUCACUGACCCCUCCAAGGGUGCCGCACCAAACAGCACCAAUCCUUCUGCCAAGUCUCAAGCUAAUGUGCCAAACAACUCAGUUCUGCAGCGACAGCCGUACAAAGCAGUCUACAACUACAAGCCGCAGAAUUCUGAUGAGCUGGAGCUCAGAGAAGGAGACAUCGUGCAAGUGAUGGAGAAAUGUGAUGAUGGCUGGUUCGUAGGUACGUCAGAUCGGACCCAUGCUUUCGGAACGUUUCCCGGGAAUUAUGUGGCACCUGUUUGACCGCUGCACUCCCUGCUCGCCCAGAACUCCAGCUACAUCUUAACCUUGUGACUUCCCACCACGCCCAAACUGCUUCACACGCCUUCACGCAUGUGUUUUCACCGCUAACGUUUUCGCACACUCCAGCCACUUUGCAAAGAGUCACUGAAUGCUGCAGCUUCUGUGUCAGAAGUUGAGAAUGGAGGUUUUUGUUCCUGGCAGCUGCAGGACACGAGCAUUCCUUCCCAGUGACACAGCACUUUCUGAAGUACAGUAGGAGAAAGCCUUCACUCUGUGCCAUCACUGGUCACCGCUGGGAUUUCUCAAGUUGGAUGAUGCAGUUAUUUUCUCUGGAGAAAGCUCUAAUAUUGGACACCUUCUCCAGAUUAUUUUACAGAUCUGUGACAGAUCAGGUGGAGCGUUCAAAGCCCGAUGGUAACAAGUCUGAGGAGGGUGGAGUCGACAGAAUAAGUCCUGCUUCUCUGUCUUUCUUUGUUGAUCAGAGCUGGAACUGAACCAGGAAAUUGUUUGCUGCCUCGCUGUUCAAUUCAAUUCACGUGGUGGAAAUCAGCCACAUAAGCUGUUUGUGACACUUUGCUUUAAGUAAACACAGCAAUAAUUGACUAUCAAUGAGUGACGACAUACACAUUAGAUCUAUGUUUAAUUCAUUCAAAAUAAGUGUGUGUUUUAUGAAAUUGUUUUCAAUUAGAAGAAUUGACAAAUAUUGAGUUACAGUUCAUUUAUAAAUCAUAAAUAUUUGGACUUAUUUGACUUAGAAAUGCAUUAUUGGUGACUGCUGAGCUUCAAGUUGAGGUGUCGUUUGCAAGUGACUGGAGGUUGAUGCUCUAUGGGAGCGCUGUUGAAUUCAACUCACUGAGUCCUUAUGUCAGAAAAAAAGGCAAAACUUAAUUAUUGGAUUCUCUUGUGGGGAGUUUUUAAAAUGUGAUUUUUUUUUCACCCGAAGAAUGUCUAAAUAUUAGGGGGAAAGAUCAUUCAUUUUCUUACACACAUCCCAAUGACAGGAUUGAGGGGUGCAGGAGCCGAAUUCCUGCUUCUUGGGGCUGAAGGUGGGGGGCACACUGGACAGGUUUUGGGCCAUUCACAGACCACCCACACAGGACACCGGUAGUGGGAGAACAUCUUGCUAUGCGGUUGCAGGACCAACCACUAAACCACCGUAUCGAUGGGAAGAGCAUUGUUGAAAUAAUUGACUUUUCUAAAGACUAAAAAAUGAAUAUGGAACUUUAAACCAUUACGGGAGUGGAAGCCACAUAUUUGUUCAGAAAUAGUGUAAAUCUUUUAAAGAAAUCUUUACCUUUUUUUAUCAAUAUUCCACCAGACGUGUUUGAGGAGGUUUCUGAGGAGAGGGAGAGGUUCAGCUGCUGCCCCGGCAAACUGAUCUCAGAUAACCGUGUGAAAAUGGAUGAAGGGAUAAGAUUUAUUUAACAGUUUUCCAUGGUCAUCAUAGUGUUUGAACUCACCUGGUCGGUGCCAAAUGUAAUGCUUUUUCUGAUAUAUUUCUUUAUUGCCAUCUGCUGUGCAUCAAAGCUUUAAUUGAGCUUUUUUUUAUUUGCUCUGUUUCAACAAUGUUCUGGUGUGUUUUUUAAUCUAGAAAUAGACUUUUAUUUCACUUUAAAAACUUUUUACUUAGUCGACACACAAUGAUUGUACAGACUGUAAGCUUUGGAUAAAAUGGAAUAUAAUAUAUAUUUGCUGAGAAAUAUAAUGUAUCUCAUUUAAGGUACGCAUUUGGAAGUUAAUAAAUGGUGCUG